CCUUCAUUGCAAAACUUCCCAGAAGGGUACCACAUGGAGUAAUUGGGUGGCAGAGAGGUGGGGAGUGACCAGGGUUCACAGAGAAAAGAACAGAGUGAUAUCCCACGGUUGCAUAAACUCGCAGGCCGCCCAAGAGCUCAGCUAAGUGUGUGAAGCCUAGAAGAAAGAGGUGGGUGCGGUUGUACAGCAAAGUAGCUCCUCCCUGAGCUCGCCAGGACACAGAGACCCGGAGCACCAAUAGACCAUGGUGCGCGCGCCCUGCUUGCUGCUGCUGUUGCUGCCAACGCUGUGCAUCUCUGAGGUCGUACUAGAGCCCUGCGAAGUGGACGACGAGGAUUUCCGCUGCUUCUGCAACUUCACGGAUCCGCAGCCCGAGUGGUCCAACGCCUACCAGUGUGUAAGUGCCAUCGAGGUGGAGAUCCAUGGCGGCGGCCACAACCUGGAACAGUUUCUAAAAGGCGCAGACACAGACCCGAAGCAGUACGCUGACGUGCUGAAAGCUCUGCGCUUGCGGCGGCUCACAGUGGCCUUUGCGCAGGUUCCUGCUGUGCUCGUGGCAGCCUUCCUGCGUGCGCUGGCGUACUCCCGCAUCAAGGAACUGACGCUCCAGGACCUGGAGGUAACCGGCGGGACGCCACCGCCGCUUCUGGAAGCGACUGGGCCUGCGCUCUCCACCCUCACUCUCCGGAACGUGUCGUGGACAGCGGGAGGUGCCUGGCUCACCGAACUGCAACGGUGGCUGAAGCCGGGCCUCAAGGUACUGAACAUUGCGCAAGCACAUUCGCUUGCUUUUUCCUGCGCACACCUCCCCACCUUCCUGGCCCUCACCACCUUAGACCUGUCCGACAAUCCCCGACUGGGCGAGCACGGACUGACUGCAGCUCUCUGUCAACACAAGUUCCCGGCCCUCCAGGCUCUAGUUUUACGGAACGCCGGGAUACAGACGCCCAACGGCGUGUGCUUGGCGAUGGUGCGGGCGGGUGUGCAACCUCAGCGCCUAGACCUCAGCCACAACUCGCUGCGCGCCACCGCCCCAGGCGCUCCUGUGUGUGUCUGGCCGAGGACACUGAACUCUCUCAACUUGUCCUUCGCCAGGUUGGAGCAAGUGCCUAAGGGACUACCGGCCAGGCUUAGCGAGCUUGAUCUUAGGUGCAACAGGCUGAACAAAGAGCCUCGGCCAGAAGAGCUGCCCAUGGUGAGUAACCUGACGCUGGAUGGGAAUCCCUUUCUGGACCCUGAAGACCUCUACCAAGAAGACCCGAUGAAGUCUGGCGUGUUCUCAGCCUGUGCGCAUUCGGCCCUGGCGGUGGGGAUGUCAGGAACCUUAGCGGUGCUUCAGAGUGUGGGGGUCGUCGCCUAGGGCCCACGAGAGAGACGAAUGAAUUGGCUCAGAUUGUCCUGGCUCCACAGAAGCCUUAUCCGGACAUCUUAACCAACCAACCCUCUGCCUCAUCUUCAUUAAAAUCUGAAACAAGGAGAUAGGUGUCAUUCACUCAGUGGGUGUCUGUGAUCUGCUGGGCACAGUGCUGGCUGUGGAAUCCAUUAUAUUUAGCUUUCUUCAUCCAAAUCCCCUAGAAACCUAAGAAUAGAAUUUAAAGGGUGGAAGAGGCAGGGAGUGUUUCCUGUCUAGAGCUGUGUGUGAGAAAUGGGGGUUUCUGUGCAAUCCAGCUUUCUGAGAUUACUUACACCCGUGUUAAGGUUGUUUGAAUGGUAAACAUGCCAAGGAAGAUACAGAAUGUUUGCUCUCUGGUGCAUUUCCCAAGAGCCAGCUGCUCCCCCUUUAAAAAGUAAUAAAACUCAGAGUUACAUGCUUAUUCUCUCUCUCUCUCUCUCUCCCAACUCUCCAUGGAGAAGGGACAGCUCUACCACCUGUCUCACAUAAAUUCUGAGUUUCAUAAUUUCAGGGUUUCUCUUCUGCUGUGUAAAGCCCCUCCGCACACACAGGUAUGCUGGCUUUCACUGUGUCAUCUAAAGGGGAAUUUAUGCAUGGAGGACGGUUACAAGAUACUAUCAUUAAACAGUCUGUCUCUGAACCAGA